AAAUCAGUCGGAGAGCCCACCCGGCGCAAAGGGAAGAUGGCCCAGAGGUCGCUCCCAGUGGUGACGUCCAAGUUCUUAGGAGCUUUCUGGAGGCCGUUCUUUUCCAUCCAAACAUUGGGAAGUAGGAGAAAGUCUUCCGGUCAGAUUGCAGGGGACCGUUGGAGAGACACCGUCACGUGACCCCCGGUACCAAAUGGUCUUCCGGCAGAGGUUUUCAACAAGGACCGGAGCACAAGCAGACGCUGCCACUUCUCUCAGAAAUGCAGAAGACCACGUACUACGACAACUCCUCGACGCUCUUCGGUGGCUACUCGUCCUACCAGGUGCAGGGGGCGGCAGCGGCGGCAGCAGCAGCCGCCAACGGCUUUGGGGGCUAUGAUGCCCCGGUCCCAGUGUCCCACCACCAGCCGGCCUUCCAGUCGGCGACCCAUCUGGAUGUGGAUUCGUACCAGCGCUCUGCCUGCUCUUUACAGUCGCUGGGCAGUAACAGUGGCCACCAGCAGCAGCAGCAGCUAGCCAAGACCAAGGAGCUGAAUGGCAGCUGCAUGAGGCCCAGCCUGCCACCUGAGCACCACCCUGGCUCCCAAGUGUCCCCUCCACUACCCCCCAACCCCAACAACGGUAAUACAGGGGCUCAGCAGCCGGGGGGCAGCAAUGCGGCCUCCUCAGCCUCCAAAUCAGCCCCCAAUAAGUCCUCUAAUUCCUCCUCCUCAACAUCCUCCUCCUCCUCUUCACUGCCCCCGAACCCAACCAUGGCCAAGCAUAUCUUUCCCUGGAUGAAAGAAAGCCGCCAGGCGACCAAGCAGAAAAGCGGUUCACCCAGCAACAACUCUGGCAACGUAUCAGGAGGAGCUGAAAGUGGUAGCAGCGGGGAGAAGAGUCCUACCAGCGGCUCGUCGGCGUCAUCUAAGCGGGCUCGUACGGCGUACACCAGCGCCCAGCUGGUUGAGCUGGAGAAGGAGUUUCACUUCAACCGCUACCUGUGCCGGCCACGGCGCGUGGAGAUGGCCAACCUGCUCAACCUCUCUGAACGCCAGAUCAAGAUCUGGUUCCAGAACCGACGCAUGAAGUAUAAGAAGGACCAGAAGUCCAAGGGCCUGAGCUCCAGCUCUGGUGGACCUUCACCGACCGGCUCCCCGCCCCUGACCAUGCAGUCUUCCGCCAGCUUCCUCAACUCAAUGCACCCCAUGGGUGGGGGAGGGGGGUCAGGCUAUGAUGCCCCAUCUCCACCAUCUUUUGGCAAGCCCCACCAGGGAGUGUCUUACUCCAUGUCCACUGCCUACUCCAACGUCCCCAUGAAGGGUUGCCCCUCCCAGCAGAAGUACGGCGCCCCAGACCCAGACUAUGGUGACCCCCAUCCCCACCACGGCCUAGUGCAGGCCACCAAUGCAGGCUAUGGGACUCCCACCAACAUGCAGGCCAGUCCAGUCUAUGUGGGGGGUGGCAGCUAUGUGGAACCCAUGCCUGGCUCGGGGCCCUCCAUUUAUGGGCUAAACCACCUAGGCCCCACACAAGCCCACCAUCAAACAAUGGACUACAAUGGCGGAGUGGCUAUGUCAGCCGCCAACCAGCACCACGUGGGUGGGGGGGCCCCCCCGGGUACCUGUGACCCACCCACACACCCCACAUACACUGAGCUGUCAGCGCACCACACCUCGACUCAGGGCAGAAUCCAGGAAGCACCCAAGCUCACUCACCUGUAGCAGGUUUGGAAAAAAAUGACAACGUAGGAAAGAGUGAAGUUGACACAGAUCAAGUAACACGACGCGACUCACUAACAGACUUACUAACAUGUGGGAAGUGUACUGCUGCCAUGGGACGACAGGCGAGACAAAACAAGACAGACUGAAGACAUCCUGUGGUUUGUCCUGUGCUCUACAGUCAGAAAGGGGGACAAUAAACCCCACCCUGUGUCCACUGCCUUCAUAAAGAGCCCCAUCAAGUCCGAUCAGGCCCAGGGCUUUUGCUGUUACCUUAAAAAGUGCAGACAAUUUAAUUGCAACUAAACAGAGCUUGUGUCUGUAAGAUAGUAGCCGUAAUUUCAGCCAAACCAUAAACUAUUCAUGCUGACACAAGUUUGCUCUAAAUGAGGAAUAGCACAUUUCAUUUAUUAGAGGACGUUUCAGAUCAGUUGAUUCUCUUGUUACCAAUCCUCACAUGAACCCUUUUUUCAGAAAUAUUGCCCCUACUCUGAGUGCAUGACUGUUGAAUCACUCUGUAGGCAGGGGAGAGAAGGCGCACAGUCACUUGUUCCCAAGGCUCCCCUGAGAACAGUAAAGUUCCUCUUGUGGCACUAGUGCAGAGACAUCACCGACAGCAUUAUUCUAAUAAUACGACUGCACAGUCAGUCUGAAAACUCCCAAUAUUAACUAUGGAAUAU